AUGCAACAACCUCCACCUACAACCUCUUCGGGACCUUUAACCGUUCCACAGUUUGUUGUAAUUCAUGAUCAAUUACAACAGUGUUGGAAACAUCCAGUAGUUCAUUAUGUGUUUGAGGAUGAACCUUUUCCCUCAGAUGUACCUAAAGAUUCAUACGUUUUGGUGAAUCUUGGUGAAGAUGGUGAAAGUAUUGCUGCUGUUCAUUCUUUAAGUCAUAAAUUCCAAGUAACAAAUUGUAAAGUUAGUUCUACGCCACAAAUGAAUGCUAACGCAGGAACAGGGGGCGGUAAAGACUCGAAUACAAAUUUAAUGCUAACCAUUGAGGGAAUGUCGGCCAAUCAACCAGCAAAGAAUCGAAGCAAACAAUAUAAAGAAGAAUUCGAUCAAUCAUCUAGUGUGUUCGGAUUAGAUGAUCUAAUGGAACAAUUAUUAUUACAUGUUGACCCAAAGCGUUGUCCGUCUUUUAGUGAUCCUGUAGACGUAUUUAUUGCAGCUUUAAUUGCAGUUAGUCUCUUGGUUUGUUAUUUGCCACAGCAUUAUAGAAUUAUUAACACCAAGACUAGUGAAGGAAUUAAUCCAUGGUUUCUUUUAUGUGGAUCUAUUUCAUUAACAUGCAACCUAUUCAAUAUUUUAAUUUUACAAGCAAACAAGAUUUUUGUGUCUGGUAGAUUUUGUUUCCAGAAUACUUUGGGAAUUCUUCAAAUUAUACUUCAAUGGUUUAUGUUUACAAUAUUUUUAAUAUUGUACAUCGUAUACUUUCCAGAACAUUUGAAAAUUGUAUCUGACAUAAAUGCAUAUAAUAGGAUAAAAACUUCAAUGAAAUGGCUUGUUUCACGCUACAUUACAGCUUUUGUCACAAUAAUUUUUUUCUUUGUACUUAUUACUUCAACUUACUUGUUAAUAUUCGUUGGAGAAGCUGACGAACAUAAUAUAGUCAAAUAUUGGGCAGAUUUAUUAGGAAUCUUCUCUUUGAUUUUAGCAUCAAUUCAAUAUAUACCUCAGAUUUGGGAAACUUGGGGAAUCAAGAUUGUCGGAGCUCUUAGUAUUCCCAUGUUGAUUGUUCAAACUCCAGGAACGUUCCUUCUCGUGUAUUUUCUUAAAAUUCGUGAGGGUACUAGAUGGUCCUCAUGGAUUGCUUUCCUUAUCGCAGGAAUCCUACAAGCAACUCUUCUUGUAUUAUGUCUUGUUUUGUACUAUAAAGAAAAACGUAGAAUUUCUUCAAGAUCUGUUAAUGAAAUUGAAGCUCAAUCUAGUGGACCUAGUGAACCUAAUGAACAAUCACCUUUGCUUCCUUCUUUAAGUGUACGAGAAAAUUAG